AUGACUCUCACUACCGAGCCCAACACCGCCAGUCCCAGCACCGUCGAAGGGGGUGCACCCUUCCCGGCGGCUCAAACCGGUGAGCCCGCUACGAAGCCGGAUGAGGAAGACAAGCCCCUCACCGCCGCCGACGUUACCACGCCGGCCGAGCUCGCCCUCCUGAAGGACACCUACGAUGAACUGGAGGCUGCCAGAGAGGCCGCUUCCGAGAAGGAGCAAGCGGAGCGGAAGGAGCGCCAAGCUCAGCCUGGAUACGACAGCGAUGAGGAGUUCAGGUACAUUGUGAGCAGCGACAGAGAGUCCUGGCGCCUGUCCAUGAAGAUUGUCGCGAUGCGCCUCCCCGACCCCGAGCCUUUGAAGUGGGCUCUCGUCGAGCUGUCUGCCGACUUCAAGCGCGCGCACAGCAACCGCAAACUGGCGAAGUUCAAGAUCGCUCCUGGCCGCGAGUGGUACAACGAUCGCUACGAUCUGAUCACCCGCCUCGAGGUGUACAUUCUCAUGCGGUUCGGUGCUUCAAAGAAGGUCAACGAGGACGGAAUCGCCUCGUACAUGUCGCUUGAGUCUCUCCACAACCUCUGGACCAUGUGCCGUCACUUGGUAAGCCGGGGUGCGGUAUCGAUGCUGAAGCAGAUCAAUUACUACGGCUCUCUGGAUCGCUCAGGGAAGGGCCAAGCUACUCAGGCCUUCAAGGACCGCAUUGCUGCCAAGUACAAGCUCAAGUCGCGCAAAUCACUUACUCUCCCCGGCAUCAGCGACCUUCCUCCCUGGACCAAGUAUUGGGACACCUUCCCCGAGGGACGCACCCUCCGCGGUUUCUGCGAGUUUGAUCUCAGGAGCGAUAUCACGGGCGGCGACAGCAAGACUGCCACCGUCAAUGACGGCAUCCUCGUGAUCAACGUCGGCGGCGGUGGGCCCCUCCUGACCUGGGAGCCUAAGAGCCAAGCCUAG